GUUAACACAUAAGUGAUCUUCACCAUCUUAGGUUAGCAUGCUAACAUUUGCUACUUAGCAUAAAACAAAAAGGACAGAUGAGGCUGACGGGAAUGUAACUAGUUUUUCAGUUAUUUGCUCAUAAAUUGCCUGGGACUAUGAAUGUGUGUUCCAAAAUUUCAUUGCAAUAUUUUCAUGCCAUCCCUGGAACCACGCUGGACCACACUGCUAGCAGGGCUAAAAUGCAGCUUGACCAAGCUAAACAAAGCUGUCCUUCAGACUGCAUGAAAAGCUGACAUGUUUUCCCCCAACAACACUAAUGUAUCAAAGGCUUACAAUCCUAAUCCGCAAUUGUAACUAGUAAGAAUCGCAGUUGAUGUACAACAGAGAAUUGAAGUUUUUUCCUCUGAAGCUGAAAGAGAAAGCAUAAAAAUGGAAAUAUUUAAGUAAAGAAGGCUACAGUACUUUCCCACUGUACUUGACUAUAGUACCUGAGUAAAUGUAAGUUACACAGUUCUACUUUUGCAACUAGAACUCAACCAAGGAAGAAAGUUGUAAAAACAAAAAUCCUAUCUUAUCUUAUAAACUGACCGAUGAUUGCUCCCUUCCUGGUUACCAGGGCGGACAGUGAAAACACAGUCGAUAAUUGAAUCAGAGAAAUUUCUUCUUGAGCAUUGAAGACGGCUGGUCUGAUAACAAGGUUCUUAACUGGCAGGGCAGGAAGCAGCCUUUCCGCAUUCCAAGGUGGGAGAAACUUUUUUAUUUUGUCUUUGGUGCCUUACAGAGGAUCCUGCUGCAGGCGGACACACAUGACCUGUGUGAGGGCCAAAUUGUUGCUUUAUCCCACCGUUUAGUUGGAUUUAUCUCAGUAACCCUGGAGAGCAACUAUGAAGAGAACAGUUCCUCUCAACUCCAGAUGGGCAGAGAGACGAUCUACUGUGGUUUAUGCGUUACGCGCAGCCACAUUGGGCUCCUGGAGGAUGCUUACCUUGGGGGCAGAGUACGAGGAUACCUGGGCUCUGUCACCUGACACCAGUCGCCGUCCCGAGCGUCGGGUGGAGGAGGAGGAGGAGGAGGAGGAGGGGCCAGACAUGGAGGGGCCAGACACCUGCGCUGGAGGCCCGGAGGGGACGUCAUGGAGAGCUGUUUCCCCCGACACCGUGCAGAGGCGUGACACAGUUUUACACAUGGACGGGCUGAGCAGAGAGGGGAGGAGAGACGGUGUGGGUCAGAUCGUCAGGAGGCACGAAAUCGUGAACAGCACGCCAUGGCCCCGCGGAAUGGCUCGCUUCGCAGAAGAUCUACCCACCCGCUAUGGAGGAAGCGCAGGCGGCGGAGGGAGAGGUGGACCCGUCUCUGGGAGAGGGGGAGCCCGGGGUGGUGGCGCACCGGGUGGCCAGAGGGUGUACAAGCAGUCGAUGGCCCAGAGAGCCCGGACAAUGGCCAUUUACAACCCGAACCCUGUCAAACAAAACUGUUUAACUGUCAACCGCUCCCUCUUCAUCUUCCGCGAGGACAAUCUCAUCAGGAAGUAUGCCAAGCGAAUAACAGAGUGGCCUCCAUUUGAGUACAUGAUCCUGGCAACAAUUAUCGCCAACUGCAUCGUCUUGGCCCUGGAGCAGCAUCUACCGGCCAGCGACAAGACGCCCAUGUCAGAACGCCUGGAUGACACAGAGCCCUACUUUAUUGGAAUAUUCUGUUUCGAGGCUGCCAUUAAGAUCAUCGCCCUGGGCUUUGCGUUUCACAAAGGCUCCUACCUCCGCAACGGCUGGAACGUAAUGGACUUCGUGGUCGUCCUCACAGGAAUCCUGGCCACGGUGGGUUCGGACUUUGACCUGCGAACACUGCGAGCGGUGAGAGUGCUGAGGCCCCUGAAACUCGUGUCAGGAAUCCCCAGUCUCCAGGUGGUAUUGAAGUCCAUAAUGAAAGCCAUGGUUCCUCUGCUUCAGAUCGGCCUGCUGCUUUUCUUCGCCAUUGUCAUGUUUGCCAUCAUCGGGGUGGAGUUUUACAUGGGCAAAUUCCACACCACCUGCUUCAAGACAGACACUGGUGAGAGAGCAGUGGACUGGCCCUGUGGUCUGGAGCCCCCAGCCAGGACGUGUCCCAACGGGACCAAGUGCAGAGAGUACUGGACCGGACCAAAUUUUGGUAUCACCAACUUUGACAACAUCCUGUUUGCAGUGCUUACUGUGUUCCAGUGCAUCACCAUGGAGGGCUGGGUGGAUAUCCUUUACAGCACCAAUGAUGUAGCAGGAAACACCUGGAACUGGCUCUACUUCAUCCCCCUCAUCAUCAUAGGCUCCUUCUUCAUGCUCAACCUGGUACUUGGUGUCCUAUCAGGAGAAUUUGCCAAAGAGAGAGAGCGUGUGGAGAAGAGGCAGGAGUUCCUGAAGCUUCGGAGGCAGCAGCAGAUCGAAAGAGAGCUAACCGGAUACUUGGAGUGGAUCUGCAAAGCAGAGGAGGUGUUGCUGGAGGAGGAGGAUGAGAUUGCAGAGGAGAAGUCCCCACUGGAUGGUGCGUGGUACAAGAGGAAACAAAACCUUCCAGUCCUGAAACGAGGCAAAGCCAAGAAAGGUAAAAAUGACCUGAUCGGUGCUGAGGAGGGGGAGGACCCUUUCGCAGACAUCUCCUCCGUUGCUCCUCCGGCUUCUCCGUUUGGUAGGGCCAGUGUGAAAAGCAGCAGUAAAUUGGACAGCUCCUCCUACUUCCGGCGUAAGGAGAAGAGGACCCGGUUCUUCAUUCGCCGCAUGGUGAAAGCUCAGAGCUUCUACUGGAUCGUUCUGUGUCUGGUGGGCCUCAAUACUCUGUGUGUGGCCAUAGUCCACUAUGACCAGCCUGAGUGGCUCACAAGGGCCCUCUACACAGCAGAGUUUGUGUUCCUGGGUUUGUUUCUGACUGAGAUGUCCUUGAAGAUGUACGGCCUUGGAGUGAGGAAUUAUUUCCACUCCUCCUUUAACUGCUUUGAUUUUGGGGUGAUUGUGGGGAGUAUUUGUGAGGUGAUCUGGGACAUGAUUAAACCAGGAGCAUCGUUUGGUAUCAGUGUGCUGAGAGCCCUGAGACUGCUCAGGAUAUUCAAAGUCACCAAAUAUUGGAACUCAUUGAGGAACCUCGUGGUUUCCCUGCUCAAUUCCAUGAAGUCCAUUAUCAGCUUGCUCUUCCUUCUCUUCCUCUUCAUCGUGGUCUUCGCUCUGCUGGGCAUGCAGCUCUUCGGAGGACAGUUUAACUUUGAAGAUGAGACGCCAACAACCAACUUUGAUACGUUCCCAGCAGCCAUCCUCACUGUGUUCCAGAUACUGACUGGCGAGGACUGGAACGCCGUGAUGUACCACGGGAUCGAGUCUCAAGGAGGCGUUCGCCGCGGCAUGUUCUCCUCCAUCUACUUCAUUGUCCUCACACUCUUUGGAAACUACACCCUGCUGAAUGUCUUCUUGGCUAUCGCUGUCGAUAACCUCGCAAAUGCACAGGAGCUGACUAAGGAUGAAGAGGAGCAGGAGGAGGCGGCCAAUAAGAAGCUCGCCCUGCAAAAGGCUUUGGAGGUGAAGGAAGUCAGCCCGAUGUCCGCAGCCAACAUCUCAAUCGCUGCUUUUGUAAAGCAAAAUCGAGAUGCACUCUCUCGCAGGUCGUCCAUCAACAGCAUUCAGUCACCUAAGGAGCAGCAGCGGUCAGCAAAGGCCAUGUCAGUGUGGGAGCAGAGGACCAACCAGCUGAGGAAACACAACAUGAGGGCGAGCACCGAGGCUUUGUUCAACGAGCUGGACCCCGAGGAGCGCCUCCGGAUUUCCUCCGCCCUCCACCUGCAUCCUGACAUGAAGACCCACCUGGACCGGCCACUCGUGGUGGAAGCCAGGGACGGCGACAAACCCAGCAAGCCCCCUGAUGGGGGACAAGAGGAGGCAGCAGAUCCACAGCAGGAUGGGUUGGGAGACAACUUUCACACGCACUCCAGAAGGAAUCACAGGCACCGCGACAAGAACGGGGAGAGCAGGGAUGGAGGCAACGGGCGGGGAGGGAGGCACCACACCCAUCACAGCCGGGGCAGGGAUCACAACGGCGACAGUGCCCCGACAAAAGAGAGGAGAGGGGAGAGAAGCCACAGCCGCGAUGGAGGGCAGGGACACAGGCACCACCACCAGGCCGGCUCCCCUGAGGAGGAGGCCAAUGACUUACGAGGAGGAGGAGAAGAAAGGGGGCAUCGCCACCAUCACUCCCAUCGUCCACUGAAAGAGGGGAACGGGAUGAUAGCAAAUGGUGCACAGGGAGAGCGCAGGGGGAAGGGGGGAGGAGGAGGGGAUAUUAAUGGAGAGAGGAAGGGACGCUGCUCUCGUAUGGUCAGAGCUCAGUCUACACUGGAUGGAGAGGACUCCAAUAAGAACAAGAAUGGGACCAAAGGUAACAGGGAGAGGCAGUCAGAUGCGGACGAGGAUGGCCUCGCCUCCAGUCCUCUGCAGCCAGUGUGGAGUAACUUGAGUCUUGGAGAAAAGCAAGAAGAUGCUGACAACCAGAAAAACUCCACCAGGGCCAGCCAGGCCGGCCUCAACAGCGACGCCAUACACAUCCCUGUCACCAUCACUGCCCCGCCUGGAGAAACCACCAUCAUAUCCAUAAACAAUAUCGACUCUGACAACUUCCUAUUUGGCGAGGACAAGAAAGAUCUGGAGGAGGAAGAGGAGGCUAAUGGGCCUCGGCAGAUCCUUCCUUACAGCUCCAUGUUUGUGUUCGGGCAAACAAACCCGGUGCGGCGGCUCUGUCACUACGUGGUCAACCUACGCUACUUUGAAAUGUGCAUCCUGAUGGUCAUUACCAUGAGCAGCAUCGCUCUGGCAGCUGAGGACCCCGUCCAAGCCAACGCACCCCGCAACAACGUUCUCAAAUAUCUGGAUUAUGUCUUUACUGGAGUCUUCACUUUUGAGAUGGUGAUAAAGAUGAUUGACUUGGGACUGCUUCUCCACCCUGGCUCUUAUUUCCGUGACUUGUGGAACAUUCUGGACUUCAUCGUGGUCAGCGGAGCUCUUGUAGCCUUUGCCUGCUCGGGGACGAAAGGCAAGGACAUCAACACCAUCAAGUCCCUGAGGGUCCUCAGAGUUCUGCGGCCGCUCAAGACCAUUAAACGGCUGCCCAAGCUGAAGGCGGUGUUCGACUGUGUUGUAAACUCUUUGAAGAACGUCCUUAACAUCCUCAUCGUCUAUAUGCUCUUCAUGUUCAUCUUCGCUGUUAUCGCUGUGCAGCUCUUUAAGGGCAAAUUCUUCUACUGCACCGACGAAUCCAAGGGUCUUGAGAAAGACUGCAGGGGUCAGUUUCUAGACUAUGACAGGGAUGACGUGGAAGCUCAGCCCAGAGAGUGGAAGAAGUAUGAGUUCCACUAUGAUAACGUUCUCUGGGCCUUCCUUACGCUCUUCACUGUCUCCACCGGAGAGGGCUGGCCAUUGGUCCUGAAGCACUCCGUGGAUGCCACUUAUGAGGACCAGGGCCCCAGUCCCGGCUUCCGCAUGGAGACAUCCAUCUUUUAUGUGGUCUACUUUGUGGUGUUUCCCUUCUUCUUUGUCAACAUAUUUGUGGCUUUGAUCAUCAUCACCUUCCAGGAGCAGGGGGACAAGGCCAUGUCAGAGUGCAGUCUGGAGAAGAAUGAGAGGGCUUGUAUUGACUUUGCCAUCAAUGCCAAGCCGCUAACGAGAUACAUGCCGGAGAACAAGCAGUCAUUCCAGUACAAGAUGUGGAAAUUUGUGGUGUCGCCUCCGUUCGAGUACGCCAUCAUGACUUUAAUCGCCCUCAACACAGUCGUGCUGAUGAUGAAGUUCUACGGAGCUCCAGACCUGUACGAGUCCAUGCUGAAAUACUUAAACAUCGUUUUCACAGCCCUCUUCACACUGGAGUGCUUCCUCAAGAUUAUUGCCUUCGGUCCACUGAACUACCUGAAAGCAGCCUGGAAUGUGUUUGACUUUGUGACUGUGCUUGGAAGCAUCACAGACAUCUUGGCCACAGAGAUUAAGAUGGACAAGAUGAUCAACCUGAGUUUUCUGAGGCUGUUCAGAGCUGCUCGUCUCAUUAAGUUGCUGCGGCAGGGCUACACCAUCCGCAUCCUGCUAUGGACCUUCGUUCAGUCCUUCAAGGCUCUGCCGUAUGUCUGCCUGCUUAUUGCCAUGCUUUUCUUCAUCUAUGCCAUCAUUGGAAUGCAGGUGUUUGGAAACAUUGAGCUGAUUGAGGAGACGGCAAUAAAUCACCACAACAACUUCCAGACCUUUUUCCAGGCACUGACCCUUCUGUUUAGGAGUGCAACAGGCGAGGCGUGGCACGAGAUCAUGUUAGCGUGUCUCAGUAACCGGCCAUGUGAUAAGCUCUCUGGAACUGCGGGGAAGGAGUGUGGAAGUGACUUUGCCUACUUCUACUUUGUCUCCUUUAUCUUCCUCUGCUCCUUCCUGAUGUUGAACCUAUUUGUCGCUGUUAUCAUGGACAACUUUGAGUAUCUGACCAGGGACGCCUCCAUCCUGGGGCCUCAUCACCUUGAUGAAUUCAUCCGCGUAUGGGCAGAGUAUGACCCUGCUGCCUGUGGGAGGAUAUGCUAUCAGGAUAUGUACAAAUUGUUGCGUUUUAUCUCGCCUCCCCUGGGCCUGGGGAAGAAGUGCCCUAACAGGGUGGCUUAUAAGCGCUUGGUAAAGAUGAACAUGCCCAUUGCAGAUGACAACACGGUGCACUUCACCUCCACAUUGAUGGCCCUGAUUCGCACAGCCCUGGAGAUCAAACUGGCAUCUGGGGUCCUGGCGCAGCGUUUGUGCGAUGCUGACCUGAAGAGGGAGUUAAACCGAGUCUGGCCCAACCUGUCGCAGAAGACCGUCGACCUGCUGGUGACGCCACACAAAUACAAUGAGCUUACUGUGGGGAAAGUCUAUGCAGCGCUAAUGAUCUUUGACUACUAUAAGCAGAAUCGUGCCAAAAGACUCCAGCAACAGAAUUCUUCUGGGGGACCUCAGAGUAAACUGGGGGCGUUGUUCCGUCCUAUGCUGCCCCUCACUCACAUACUGGAAGUAGAACCGCCAAUGUCCAGCCCCAAACAGCCCCUUCCACCCAAGCCUGAGCCACAAGCAAAGCUAGAUACACUGCCCACCACAACCACCACCUCAGUUAAAAGGGACGCAAUACUAAACCAGAGGAGUGCCAUAAAACAUUCCCAGUCCGGAGAUAUUUCUCAGGCAGCACAGAGACCCAAAGGCCGAAGGAAACUACAGAGAGGCCAGUCAGAGGAUGUGCCAUAUUCCACCAGACCUCAGGAAUUGGUUGAACUGCAGCAGGUGGAGAACAUUUCAGACACAGAGGGCUAUCCAAGCCUGGAAGGCCACUGCAGAGCGGCUUCUCUGCCCAGACUCAAUGCUGAGUACUACCGGAGCCACCCUCGCCACGCCCCUGGGACCCACCUGGCACCAAUUGUCGACCUCAGUCCUAUUAGACGCUCAGCAUCCUCGCUGACACAGCAGCGCUACCAGGAGGUUGGGCUAAGGGAGUAUGACCUGGAACGACCCGGCAUGGCGUCAACCACGCCAGGGCAGGUCCAGGGCCAGGACAGAGCCCACCACCAUCACCACCACCACCGUUGCCAUCGACGCAGGGACAAGGACAGAGACAAGAAGCAGAGGUCCCUGGACAGAGCAUCAUCAGUGCAACCGUCCAGCACUGUUGGUUCGUUUACCGACCCUUCAGCUGAAGGUUUGUCCAGAGAACGAGCGAGGGAGCGGGACCGCAGCAGGCCUCAUGAGCGGAGGCACCACUCCUCAGCAGGAGAGAAGCAGCGCUACUACUCCUGCGAGCGUUACGGCAGCAGGGAGCAGUGUCACACCAAGUCAGCCGGUCCCAGCCGAUCCACAUCUCCCGGAGAGGGACAGGACGCUGGUUUGCUCAAACAGCAUGGUAGCAGUGUGGUUAGAGCUGGCCCUUUAACGCUCCCCUCGGGCUCGAGCACUCUGGGCCGUAGUCGCAGGCAGCUCCCACAGACCCCCCUCACCCCUCGUCCUGCUGUGGCCUACAAGACAGCCAACUCCUCACCUCUCCCGUCCGGUGCCAGCACCGCUACGACGGGGCACCAGACUCGCUUCAGCCGUGGCCUUUCAGAGCACGAUCGCUUAUUCGGGGGCCACAACGAGUCCCCGAUACCGGUCACCCGCAUCGGUUCAGACCCUAACUUAAACCGGCAGCCGCAGGUCGCUUCUCAACAGGCCCUACUUGAAGAGCCGGAGGACACUGUGAGCAGCCACGGAGGAGGACGCUCUGCCAGAACUGCUGCCUCCACCACAGCCUCAGCUUCACACGGAACUGCUGCUGCGCCCGUCACAGCCCGGGCGGGGGUGGUGCCUAAUGGGUACCACUUCACCCUCGGGGUGAACUCUGCGUCUGGGCCUGGGAGCCGAGGAAGUCUCAGGGAGAGGGAGGAAGAAGACUGGUGCUAAUAUGUCAGAAAACUGUUAGCUGAGGACGGUUCAGUUUAUCAGUGUUGUACAGCGCGCAUGUCCGGUCCAGUGAGCUGACAGGAAGCUGACAGAUAAAUACAGAAGGAAAGAUAGUGAGGAAAAAGCCAGAGGAAAGUGCUGUAAAAGGGGAUCAGAAAUCAUUCCAGCUUUGUAGUGUUACUCUCCUUUUUUAUACAACAAACUCUUUAAGGAAAAAAAGACACUGAGGACGUUUUCUACCCCCUUUACUUGCACUGAAAUUAUAGCACAAGUGAAGACCCUUAAGUAUUUUGCCUUGGCCUGUAAAACCAGUGGAGCAGAAGACAAAAGCCAAAAUCCCCUCAUUCUUUGAGUGAACGCUGAACUGUGUUUCAGACAGAUCUGAAUGCCUCAUUUCUGGUAUUAAUAUGGCCGCCCGCACUGUUUUUAUUUUUGUAUGUUUCAUUUUGUUUCCUCUCUAUGGAUGUUUUUUCUUCAUCAGCCAUUAGUUUGUGGUGAUCACUUAAUUAGGAAUAUUAGGAAAACAAAUUUAUUUGGGUCUUAAGCUUCUGCCACAACACCGGACCAAGUGAGUAAUGUGACAUGGGUUUUCAUGAUCAUGUUUUUGUAAAUUGUACCAGACGUACAUUUUGAGUGGUCAUAGGGACUAGAUAUCUCUUUUCUGACGUUAUGUGGCUGAAAACUAAGUGCCUCGUUUUCCAAAAUGUAUUAAGAUGCAGCCUGGUCAGACAGACUUGAAUAUACCAUAGAGGAUGCUGUGUGUACACAGGUGAGAAAAAGUGUAGAGAACAAAGUUUGAAUCUGGUAUAAUGGACAGAAUGCAAAAAAAGACAACACUUUUUUGUACUGAAUCUUGUGGUAGGUAUGUCAGAAUUACAGAUCCAAAGUAAGCAAUGUAGUGCAUGCCAGGGUCUUGAACUUGUCAAAAAAUAGUGUCUGUACUUUUGCUUAAGGGUGUGUGGUAAGCAUUUGCCUUUCUCUUUCAAAUAUACUGCCAGUCAGUUGGUAGAAAUGGUCUCUGAAUGGAGAGAAGUGCCAUUUUUUAUUUCUAAUCAACAAAAAAUAUUCAGAAACACUUGCCUCCUCUAGCAUAUAGUAUAUAUCUCAUCUCUGCCAUAUUUACCCAUAUUUCAUGGGUUUCCUUUCUUCUUACCUUUCCUCUGAGAGCAGUAUUGUGUGAGGGCUUGAAGGCGAGGUUACCUGUUUGUGUAUUCACAGGUACAAUAAAGAGUUGUGUUGUUGCUGCGGACUGUUGACUUAAAGUAGGGCUAUGCAACAAGACGACACUUCAUCUGCCCUGUAGCUUUACCCUCUGGAAUCUCCAGGUUCAGGCUUUAGUGUGACUGCGACCAAAUUUUACAUUUAUGUAUGAAGAGAUAUAAAUUGUAAAUGUAAUAUUAUAUAAUGUACAGUUAACUGAAACACACAGGCACAAAUGGUAUCAAAGCUGAUGUAUGUGGAUCAUGGGGCAUUUUUGGUUGGCAAGUUGACUGCAUGACGCCUACCUAGACUGAACCACCCAAAAUAUAAAACUAUGUUCUUUCCAGACUUGGGUCAAGUUGUAUUUUUAAAUCAUUUUAGUGUUGUUGUUUUUUUUAAACUUGCUCAGAAAAACAGAUGAAUUGGAUUAAUAGAGUGGUUUUAGUGUGAGGUAUUCCAUCAAUAACAGUUUCACAUGAGCCUAUCGGACCAAUACCAAGCUUCUACCCCAUGUCCUUAUACAGCUGACCUGGCUCAGUAAAAAGACUAAGUAUUUUCCAUAAAACAACUGAGCAAGUAGUUUUUAGCAAAUAUUAUUUAAAGAAGAGUAAAUAGUGCAUUUGUUGGGGACUAUUGCCAGCUGCGGAUUACUACUCAUGUGGUGCUAAAGUGAGUUUUUAUGGCCACCAGAAGGUGUUUGUGGGAUUGACUCAAAAUAAACUAUAGUGGCCAUAUUCGUGGUAAUGAUGUCUGUGGGAGUCAGCCCCAAGCUCAUUGAUUUCUAUUGAAGAUGUAAUUUAAAAAAACAAAACAAAUAUAUCACUUUAUUUUUAAAACAUCCUCAGUCAUUACCUAAAACAGCUGGGCACUGUAGGUUUUAGCAAACGUUACUCAAACAGGAGUAAAUAGUGCAUUGGUUAGGGGCUAUUUUCCCCUGCAGGAUUGGAUGUUCUAGUGAUUAUUUAGUGUGGGAUUGUUAAGCACAGAGGAAUAAGCUACUUUAUGUCAGGCUUUGUAAUCACAGACAAUACUUAGUUAGUAUAGGAUCAAUUAAUUGUUAGGUUUGUAUUGACACAUGAUGCAGUUCAUGGAUGAAAUACCUUUAGAUUUCAAUUAAAUGAAGUAAUUGGCCAAAGAACAAAUUAAUAUAUUAUGGUGCAGAUCCAGGAUUUGUCAAAAGUGUAUGUUAGGGAUUUUUUUAAACAUUGACCUUAUGGACCUAUUUGAAAUAAACAAAUGUUGCACGUGUAUAGACGGAUUAUAUAUCACUAUGUGUAUUUUGAAUCAAAAUACAAAACAACAGACAUCUAGGUGUCUAAAUAUCUGUGCUCUUUGUAUUGUCCUGGCUUGACUCUAAGCAAGUUCUUAAACAUGUAAAUUAUUAGCAAAUAUUAUUUGAUCUAAGUCUGACCAUUUCCAUGUGUUUUAAUUUAACUUUUUGUUGUCUCAUAUUUUGCAAUCUAUUUGAUGGAUCAUCUAAAGGGAGACAUUUUAGGUCGAUAAGGUCAAUAAGGUCUAACUGUAGGCAUGGCACUGUUCUUUGUAAAGGUAACACAGUAGAUUGCUUGUUAUCUUCCUGUCUUUAAAUGUUUCUGUAAGUUGCCAUAUUGGAGCAGAGAUUUCUCUACGGUACAUUUCUAAAAAGAUCCAACAUUUUCAGACUUCCGACGAGCCCCACGCGAACAGGGUGCCAAGUUUUCCUCUUACACUUUAACUAUGGCUGCCCCCGCUGGACAUGUCCUGUUUGCAUGUUCUGAAAUGAAAAUGUGCAUGUUGCAAAAGAAGAAAAAAAAAAGGACAAAAAAAAAGGCAUUGUUUGACUUCUUUCAGUCCACAAUUUGUACAAUUUGUUUCCUGGUUGUGUUUUCUGAUUAUCUAAACACAGGUAAAGUAAAAAAGAAAAAAAAAGGAGCUUGAUUAACAUUUUAUCACAGAACCACCAAAGUGGAAACAAGGCUCCUUCUCAGAAAAGAUGUGCCGGAGUGGCUAAAUCCUUCGCUGCCUGAUCUGUUACUUGACUGUCUCUCUCACAGUCAUUUCAACUGUACCUAUAGAUUUUGUAUGAAUAUAAGUAAUUGAAUAAAGAGGUAUGAAUAUGAA